AUGUCAAAAGAAAAUAAUAUCGUUGAGUAUGGACCUUCCGAACUUGGCACAAAAGAAUAUUGGGAUUCAUUAUAUGAUCGUGAGAAUAAAAAUUUUCAAGAAAAUGGUGAUAUCGGAGAAAUUUGGUUUGGAGAGAAUAGUGUAGAAAAAAUGGUAGAUUGGGUUCUUAAAAAUGGAUCCAUAUCAUCCACCACAAUUCUUGAUAUAGGUUGUGGGAAUGGUCAUCUUCUCCUAGAAUUAGCUUCCAACAAUUUCAGAAAUUUAAUAGGAAUAGAUUAUUCAUCAAAUGCAAUUAAAUUAGCAAGAGAUAUCAUUAAACAACGUAAUCUUAAUGAUAUAAUAUCAUAUUAUGUUAUUGAUUUAAUUAAUUCAUCUAUUACAGAAAAUAAUGAAUUCUGGUUAAAUGGAUCAAGAAAAUUUGAUAUAAUAUUGGAUAAGGGUACUUUUGAUGCUAUUACUCUUUAUCCUUAUGAAAUUAAUGAAGGGGAAAGGAAAGGAAAAUAUCCAAAGGAUAUUUAUUCAAGUAAAGUUCAUUCUUUAUUAAAUAUAAAUGGUUAUUUCUUAAUAACAAGUUGUAAUUUUACUAAAGAAGAGUUGAUUAGCAAAUUUAGUGAUGAAUUUGAUUAUUUUGAUCAUAUAAAAUAUCCAACUUUUACAUUUGGUGGGGUUAAAGGACAAACUAUUUCAACUGUAGCUUUUAAACCAAAAAAAAAAAUUAUUAAUUAA